CAUUUAGCCCCACAGUGCUGUCUGUCUGUCUGUUGCUGUCUGUGUGUCUGUUACCGGGGAUAACGUCGGUGUUGGAAACUCUGGGAAUAUCACAUCCGGUCAUGGAAUAUCUGGGAUUAGUUUUACCGUCGUCCGGGAGCGAGAAGUGAGCCCGGAAUGUCGGUGUUUCCCGCAGUUUUCCAGGUUUCUGCGGGAUGUGAGCGUGUGAUGGCUGCGGUCCAGUGAACUGGGAGCACGUUGACUGGUCUGCCUGUCCAAUCCACCAGUUUGGGAGCUUGUUUGAGCAGUUUCACUGGGAUUACUGGGACAUAUGGAGUGCACAUGAACGCUGGUCGGAUUGGGAUUCGAACCCGGGUCUGCGGGGCGUGACGCUGCUGACACUCAGACAGCCACGAUAACAUUUAAAUGAGGCGUUUUGGACCCUACAGCCGUUAGAUCCAGGCCGAGAGGACAAGAGCCGAUACGGAGUUAAACGGUGUUUUUUUACCUGUCGGGUCUCCGAGGCGUCGGUUGCUGCUGCGGUUUGAGGAGGUGAAUGACGUGGAGGAGAUGUGGGGAGCAGGGAGGAGGCGCAGGGUCCAGCCCUGAGGAGGCGUCCUGCGGCUGGGAGGAGCGCGGCCCUCCUGUGGCCCUCCUGCGGCGCUCCGGGACGCUCCUACUAAGAUGUCCCUCAGCAGCGGUCCUGCAGGCGGGAAAGGUGUGGACUCCAACGCGGUGGACACGUAUGACAGCGGCGAUGAGUGGGAUAUCGGUGUUGGCAAUCUGAUCAUUGACCUGGACGCCGACCUGGAGAAGGACAAACUAGAGAUGUCGAGCAGCAAGGAGGGAGGGGGCAUGGCCGCCCCCCCCAGCGCUGUGGCUGCUUUACCUGACAAUAUCAAGUUCGUCAGUCCUGUAGCUGCCGCGCAGGGCAAAGAGAGCAAAUCCAAAUCCAAACGUAGUAAAAACUCUAAGGAGAGCGCGAAGGCCCCGGUCUCUGACGGCGCCAAGAAGGAGGUUCAGGGUCGGGCCCCUGGGGACCCUCCGCCCCAGAACCCCAACUCUACCCCUGGUAAGGGAACUGACAAGUCCAGUAAACCCUCCCGCACCCUCCCUGCUGUGAAAAAGGACAAAGACGGGGUGUCUGGGAAAAGUAAGAAGGAGAAAAUGGAGGUCACGGGAGCGGUUAACUCUGAGAAAGAGUCCCCCAUCCUGCCACUGGGGGCCCCUCGCAGCGGCCCCUUCGAGGGCCAGCAGAACCCUGAGCUAGCCGCCGCCGAGCAGCUCGGGAAUAUGGCGCUGGACCCAGCGGGGAUCGGCCAGCCAGUCGCCAUGACAACAGAGCAAGAGGAAGUGGACAACGGUGAAUGCCGAAACCUAAAGAAAGUGAUGGAGUCUCCGGUCUCCACCCCGGCUCCUCCUCCCCUCCACCUCCUCGCUCCCGUCGCCAGCAGCGACAUCUCGUCUCCCUGUGAGCAGAUUAUGGUCCGCACGCGCUCGGUGGCGGUGAACACGGCGGACGCCGCGCUAGCAACUGAGCCGGAGUGCCUGGGACCCUGUGAGCCGGGAACCAGCGUCAACCUGGAGGGCAUCGUGUGGCAGGAGACGGAGGACGGCAUGCUGGUUGUUAACGUCACCUGGAGGAACAAGACCUACGUCGGGACCCUGCUGGACUGCACAAGACAUGACUGGGCCCCUCCAAGGUUCUGUGAGUCUCCCACCAGCGACGUGGAGAUGCGGAGCGGUCGCGGUCGGGGGAAGAGGAUGCGUCCCAGCAGCAACACGCCGCUGAACGACAACAGCAACUCCUCUGACAACAAAGGCAGCGGCAGCAGCAAGACGCGCGGUGCCGCCGCUAACAGCAAAGGGCGACGAGGCAGCCAGACGGCCGGCGGCGCCGAGGACGUCAAGGCCAGCCCGUCCUCGGCCAAGAGGAAGACCAAACCCGCCUCCGAUAUGGAGCCCACCUCCAGCUCGGAGGACACCAAGGCUUCAAAGCGAAUGAGAACGAACUCCACCGGUGCUGCGCUCCCCCUCCCCCUCCCUGGAGGCAAAUCUGACCCGCUGCCCCCCCCACAGCUGGACCGGACCUGCCCCUCCCCCGUGCUCAUCGACUGCCCUCAUCCCAACUGCAACAAGAAGUACAAGCACAUCAACGGGCUGAAGUACCACCAGGCUCGAGCCCACAACGACCACGACAUCCGGUUGGAUCAGGAUGGUGACAGUGAAUAUGGAGACGACCCCGCCCUCCACCCUGACCCCGCCUCCUGCAAUGGCGCCGGCGUCUCCCCCGCCCGCUCCACUACGCCAAAAGGACGAGGCUUUGAUGCCCCGUCCCCCUCGCCGGGGAAGCUGACAUCAAAGGGGAAGAAGAAGGCGGGUGAGGCUGAGCCCGAGGUGACGGACGGCGGCGAGGAAGCGGCGUGUUUGACGGACGAGGCCAGCAACGACGGGAUGGACGAUAGAAAGGCCAAGAAGAUGGCCGCCGGUGGAAAGCCAGAUAAACUGACCCAGAAAGGUUUGAAGCCGGCCCGACCUGCGCCCCCCAACGCCCCCAACGCCCCCUCACCCUACGCCCUGCAGGCGUCCUCCCCGGCUCUGGGCUCAGUGGUACAGUCCAUCCCCAAGAGCCCCCAGCUGAAGAGCAUCCAACCAAAACCUCCUCCGCUGGCGGACCCCGCCUCCAGCCCCACCCUCGGCAAGGACAAGAAGAAGAAGGACAAGAAGAAGAGGGAAGGAGGGAAGGAGGGGGACAGUCCGAAGGCGAUGGGUAAGGGAGGGAGGCCGGAGGAGGGGAAGAGUCCGUACUCGGAGUCUGACGCGAUGCUCAAUGGCUCCUCAGAAGCUCACCAGAGCCGGCUGGCGAGCAUCAAGGCCGAGGCCGACAAGGUGUACAGCUUCUCGGACAACGCGCCCAGCCCGUCCAUCGGCGUGGCGAGCAGGAUGGAGGCCGGCCUCGGGCCCCCCCUCCACCUCAACCAAAACGGAGCUGACAAUGCGUCCGUCAAAACCAGCAGCCCCGCCUACUCGGAUAUCUCUGACGCUGGGGAGGACGGCGAGGGGAAGGCGGAGGGGGUGAAGGUCAAAACUGAGCCUGAUCAGGGACCUCGGGAAGGAGCCAAGAAGGCCCUGUUCCCUCCUCAGGCUCCCAGUAAGGACUCGUACUAUCCCAACUAUGAUUCCUACUACUCUCCCAGCUACCCUAACCCCAGCCCGGGAGCAGCCCCCACGGCGCCGCCUCACGUGGAGGGAGCACAGGUGAAGGUGAAGAAGGAGGAGGAGCAGCCGGAGGUCGGGGAGGAGAUCAAACUGAAGGUGGAGCCUCAGGAGGAGAGGAAGGUGGAUCCCGGCCCUCAGCAGCCGUCGGUCAUCCAGCAGCGCUCCAACAUGUACACCCAGCCCCUGUACUACAACCAGUACCAGUACGUCCCCCCCUACACCUACUCCCCCGACCAGGCCUACCACGCCCACCUGCUGGCCUCUAACCCCGCCUACCGCCAGCAGUACGAGGAGCGGCAGCGGCAGGUCGACAAGAAGGCCGAGGGCAAAGAGCGGGAGGCCUGCGGGAAAGAGGAGUGGAAGCAGAAAGCCUCGGUGCCCCCCACCCUGUCCAGGGCCCCCAGCCUCACUGACCUCGGUGCUAAAGGAGGCCUGAACCCGACAAAGCCCAAAGAACCGCCGCCAGCCUCGGAACAGGCCAAGUCAGUCAUCAUGGCGAAGGGAGAGGACCCCAAGGCUCCCAUCGCCCAGCCGGAGGGUCUGAAGAUGAAGCUGAGCGAAGCAGGGCAUCAUGGGAAAGAGGAGGCCAAGCCGGGGGUGGAGUCGGGCAGGCCGGCAGGUGUAGAGCCCGCCAUGUGGUACAGACAGGAGCCGGACGCUCGCCUGUGGCCCUACGUCUACCCCAACAAAUACUCAGAAGCUCCCAAACCGCAGGAGGAGGAGCGGUGGAAGGACGACAGGGAGCGCGAGCGCAAAGGGAAGGAGGAGAGGCAGCGGGCGAAGGAGGGCCUCCAGAAAGAGGAGGCGAAGGAAGGGGCGGAGGGCAGGACUCAGCUGCCUCCAGAGGAGCACCGGGGGGGAGGGAAGGAGGCCCGACCCCCCCACAUGCAGUUCUCCUCCCCUCUGGCCCAGCACCAGGGCUACAUGCCCUACAUGCACGGACCUUUCGCCUACAGCCACGGCUACGAGCCCAGCCACCCCGGGUACAGAGGGAUGCCCUCCGUCAUGAUGCAGAACUACCCCGGCUCGUACCUGCCGGCCGGUUACUCCUUCCCCUCGUACGGCGGGAAGGUGGCGGCGGGGGAGGAGCAGGAGAAGCCAUCCAGGUCCAGUCCCACGGUGAAGCCGCCCAGCGAGGCCAAAGCUCUGGACCUGCUGCAGCAGCACGCCAGCCAGUACAAGAGCAAGUCCCCGUCCGUCCAGGACAAGGCCCCCCGCACGAGCGAGAGAGACCGGGACCGAGACAGAGAGCGGGAGAGAGACCGGGAGAGAGAGGGCGACCGGCCGCGAUCCUCGCCGUCCCAACGCAUUCUGCCCUCCCAUCACCACCUGGGAUACCCGCUGCUGGCGGGACAGUACGACCUGUCCUACCCCUCAGGUCUCUCCUCCUCAGCCAUCGUCGCCAGCCAGCAAGCGUCCGCCCCGUCCAUGUACCCCCCCGCACGGAGGCACAUCUGAUUGGCUGACCUCCAACCCGCCCCGGAGUCAUGUGACCGGAUCACAUGAGGAAGCGUUUCUGUUUCAACAUCAGUUCAAUGGUGUUUGUGUACGUUUGAUUUCUCUGCCUGGACGUCCAGCCGGCCGCUCCGCCCCUCGCAGGGACCGACAGGAGGACUGAAGGCCUGACGCUGGUCCUGCUGGUUCUGCUGGUUCUGCUGGUUCCAGGCGGCACCGCGGUGCUCGGGGUGGGCGGGGGAGGACAGAGAGGGGACCUGGUGGGUGGAGACGCCGCCGGGCGUUUCGGAGGCGGACAGUUCUGGACGGCGUUCUGCUGCGGUCGCGGACGGACGGAGGCAGCCACUUCCUGUCUCGCAGUUUUGUUGUUUUUUUUAAAUUUCCUCCAGACUUUACCUGCAGCGACCUCUGACCUCUGAGAACUCAGCCCGCCGGACGCCGUCACACCUUCACCUGGAAGUAAAAAAUACUGUGGACGGAGGAGGACGGACCAAUCAGAGGGCAGCGUUGGGACUGCGUCCUCAGACUCCUCCUCCUCAGUGUGUAGCUGUACUGUACUCUGUGUAUGUGUGUGUGUGUGUGUGUGUGUGUGUGUGUGUGUGUGUGUGUAAAUACUGUACAGAGGAAUUAUUUUAAAGAGCCUGUUGGAUGCUGUUGGAUUUCCUACUCUUCUUUUUGUCUGGUAGCCUCUGCCUCUGUUUUUCUACUGUUGUUGAUCUGAUAUUAAACCUGUAGCUGGUGGAACGGC